GUGACUUAGGGAAUGGCUUUUCUGCUUGGAAAUGCUCCCGUGCUCUGUGGCUGACUGAGACUACAGCUUGGAGAAGUCACAUUUGGAGGCGUCCAUGUGCCAGUUGGAGGAGCCAGAAGCCAGACUGGGCCUGAACAGUCCUGACCCGGUGGUGAGAGAGGCUUUCCUGAUGGUCCAUGACUACAUAGACUACGUGACCACAGGGGGGGCAGAUGGCACGAUGGGUCCUGCCCCGACAGCCUGCACUGCCGCCCUGCGCCACGCCGGGGACGAGCUCCUCAACCGCUUCCCCAUCUUCUUCCGUCGCUGGCCUCGUAUCUUCCAGGACGUGACCGAGAACUCGGCCUGCUCCAUGCUCACAGGCAUCCUGGAUGAGCACUUCUUCCCUCCGGUCCCUAGGGGGCGCAAUAGGGAGCUGGCCUGGAGCGCGGUGCUGUCUGUGUAUGUGCUGGCCGGACAGAUGGCUCUGCACUGCCACGAGAGGGGCAUGCUGGGGGUCCUGCCUCAGCUGAAGGAGAGCAUAGGGGCGUAUGUGGAGAGGGUCAUCUGCCCUGACAUACGGGAGAAGGGAGGAUGGAGCGGCUUUGUGUCCCGCUUUGGAGCGAAGCAGGGCUUGGAGAGCCAGGUGAAGAAGGUGUGCUGUUGGACUCUGCUGGCCUUGGCUGUGAGCAUCCUCACAUACUGCGUUUGGAAGAGAGUGGUUUAGCCAACACUGCCACCUACCGACCACAACCAGGAACUGUCAGAGACUGAGCGACAGUAUGGAAAUGUCUGCAGAGGUGGUUUAAGAUGCAUCAUUUUGUUAGUACGAAGCUGGAUAAUCAGUAUGUUACCUUCAAACUAUCAGUAGAAUUCAAACGCCAAACACUGCAUAUGAUAUUUG